CUUAAAAAGGCACCAUUUUAUUUUAUUUAUUUUUUUUUACUUGUAGCCCCAUCUGUUUUGAUAUGAUUGAAGAAGCAUACAUGACGAAAUGUGGACACAGUUUCUGUUAUAAAUGUAUUCAUCAAAGUCUGGAGGAUAACAACAGAUGCCCCAAAUGUAACUAUGUUGUUGAUAACAUAGACCAUCUUUAUCCCAACUUUUUAGUGAAUGAGCUCAUCCUCAAACAGAAGCAAAGAUUUGAGGAAAAGCGAUUCAAACUGGACCAUUCAGUGAGUAGCACCAAUGGACACCGAUGGCAGAUAUUUCAAGACUUAUUGGGAACUGAUCAAGAUAAUCUUGACUUGGCAAAUGUUAACUUGAUGUUGGAGCUGCUUGUACAAAAAAAGAAGCAACUGGAGGCAGAGUCCCAUGCUGCCCAACUACAGAUCCUUAUGGAAUUCCUCAAGGUUGCCAGGAGAAAUAAAAGAGAGCAACUGGAGCAGAUCCAAAAAGAGCUAAGUGUGCUGGAAGAGGAUAUUAAACGAGUUGAGGAAAUGAGUGGGUUAUAUUCCCCAGUCAGUGAGGAUAGUACGGUGCCUCAGUUCGAAGCUCCCUCGCCUUCAAACAGUAAUAUUAUUGAUUCUACGGAGUACAGCCAGCCUCCAGGGUUCAGCGGCAGUUCUCAGACUAAAAAACAGCCGUGGUACAAUAGCACGUUGGCGUCAAGGCGGAAGAGACUCACCGCUCAUUUUGAGGACCUGGAGCAGUGCUAUUUUUCCACCAGGAUGACUCGUGUAUCAGAUGACAGCAGAACCUCGAGCCAGCUGGAUGAAUUUCAAGAGUGCCUCUCCAAGUUCACUCGCUACAAUUCGGUCCGACCUCUGGCCACGCUGUCUUAUGCAAGUGAUCUCUAUAAUGGCUCCAGCAUAGUAUCCAGUAUCGAAUUUGAUCGGGACUGUGACUAUUUUGCUAUUGCCGGGGUGACGAAGAAGAUUAAAGUCUACGAGUAUGGCACAGUCAUUCAGGACGCAGUGGACAUUCAUUACCCUGAGAAUGAAAUGACCUGUAAUUCCAAAAUCAGCUGUAUCAGCUGGAGUAGCUACCACAAGAACCUUCUAGCCAGCAGUGACUAUGAAGGCACCGUCAUCCUGUGGGAUGGGUUCACAGGACAGAGGUCAAAGGUCUACCAGGAGCAUGAGAAAAGGUGCUGGAGUGUUGACUUUAACUUGAUGGACCCCAAGCUAUUGGCUUCUGGCUCUGAUGAUGCAAAAGUGAAGCUGUGGUCUACCAACCUGGAUAAUUCAGUUGCGAGUAUUGAGGCCAAGGCUAAUGUGUGUUGCGUCAAAUUCAGCCCCUCUUCGAGAUACCAUCUGGCUUUUGGCUGUGCAGAUCACUGUGUUCACUACUAUGAUCUUCGCAACACUAAGCAGCCAAUCAUGGUGUUCAAAGGGCAUCGCAAGGCAGUCUCCUAUGCAAAGUUUGUGAGUGGGGAAGAAAUUGUCUCUGCGUCAACGGACAGCCAGCUGAAGCUGUGGAACGUAGGGAAACCUCACUGCCUGCGCUCCUUCAAGGGUCACAUCAAUGAGAAGAAUUUUGUAGGUCUGGCAUCCAACGGCGAUUACAUUGCCUGUGGAAGUGAAAAUAACUCCCUCUACCUGUACUACAAAGGCCUCUCAAAGACACUUCUGACUUUCAAAUUUGACACAGUCAAAAGCGUCCUGGACAAGGACCGGAAAGAGGACGACACAAAUGAGUUUGUCAGUGCUGUGUGCUGGAGAGCACUGCCAGAUGGGGAAUCCAACGUGCUCAUUGCUGCUAACAGUCAGGGGACAAUUAAGGUCCUGGAGCUGGUAUGAAGAGUUUUCUCUCAAGGUGUGCGGUACUUGGCCUAGCCUGACGUGCUACAGCUUUCGUCUGGGAUCCUCAGUAGGGCAAGAAACCAAAACCACCUUGAUAGUCCUCUCUACAACCAUCAUGUUUGGGGUGUUUUUUUUCCAUUUACAGACUAGGACCUUUUGAAACACUGGGAACCCCAGUGAACUGUCUACCAUCGAGGUUAACUCCACGGACUUUGGUGCUGCUGCUGGUGGUGGUGGUAUGGUUGUCUAAUUUUUAUGAUCGGGAAACAAAUCCUUUUAAAUACAGACAACAAAAAGGAAUAAAAGAUUAUUGAGCCACAAGGUGAAGCUGGAAGAUUCUCUCUCGUCGCAUAUGGGAACAGAUUUACUUGGGCAGGGAGCUAACAGGACCACCAAAGGGCUGUACUAAGGAAUCACACACUUCUGGGUCACCUGACCUGGACAUUUCUUCUAUCCCCAUGGUGGGGGCUGGGAGAGUCUCUCUCCGCCUUACCCGGACAUGGAAGCAGAUUGUUUUGAGAGCGUAAGAUGUAUGUGGUUUAGUUGUGUGUUGAUUUUUAGAUGCAUUCAGUGUUCAUGAAAAUUGCUGGGUUGAAGUCCUCCAGCUACCAACAGGAAAGUGACAGCUUCCCCCUCACCCACCCAGCACAGCUCCCCCUCCAACCUGGGGCCGGGGGGCAGGGCUGGGGAAUUGCUUGUAAGGACAGGGUCAUUCUGUCUCCAUGCCCACAAAUCUGUGGCCCCUGGGCAGCCUGCCAGCACAACAAGGGUACCAACUGUGACGUGGACAUCUGCAAACUGGACCGACUCCACCGAACUAUUUCGCUGGCCGCCAAACCGCCGUUGGCUAAUGACUUCCUGUUGCUGCUGAGCAGGGCUGGAUUUGAAUCCUUCCGCUCCUGUUCCCAAAGCCCUACUCUGCCAUCCGAUCUGCUGCGUGGCCUGUUUGUCCCCAGUCCCUAUCGCGUGUGGAAGCCAAGCAUUCUGAAUGUUGUAAUGAAGGGGGAAUUGAUCGUAAUGUGUUUCAGAGCCGUGGUACAGGAGCUUUAUUUUUAAUAACCAGGCAUACACUUAAUUGUACAUACAAAGAGGGGGAAUAAACCAUGAUGCUGAGUG